UUGACAAUCAAGAAUGUCAAGAUUAUAUUCUUGUCAGAGUUGAGUGUCAUGUAGAAAAUGAGCACUCGUUAUACAAUUUUGAAUAUUUUUAUUUUAAUAAUAUGCGUGGAUUGCAAUACAACAAUUUCAAAUGUAAACGACGACAUUAUUCUAGCUUAUGCAAUGACAAACAACGAUGACACCACUACGUUAACAACAAUUGCUGAAGACGCGCAAAAUGAUUUGGUAUCGGAUUUUUUUGGCCAUAUUAAAGAGAUAUUUGAACCUGACGGAGCUAAUACGAGUAAUGCGGUAAACUCAUAUCAAAUAGCCGGAAAUAAUAAUGAGUUUGCUCUAACAAAAUCCCCAGCAAAAGAUUUGUUACAUAGAUUUAGACACAUUACAAAAAAAGAAAACAAAAUUCUUGCAAUGUUUGAAAACAGUACAUUACCUUCUACUGAAUAUUAUACUUUUAAAAUUACCGAUCCUGAUAUAAUAAAGAAAUACAAGUUACUAAAAACUAUUAAACUAACUACUGUAGAAACAACGUCUUUGUCGUCAACGGCUACACAAACACAAAAGCGAAAGUAUUUUAAACAAAAAGCAAUAUCAACACGUAAAUCUCAAGAACAAGAUCAGCUUCUGGAAGACGAGACAAGCCUUGGACCACUCGCUAUCGAAAGUGAAGAAGAAAUUGACUUGAUGGAUCAACAUUUGAAAAAAUUAUCUUGCAUAACUUGUGAUAAUGUUAAUAGCAGGGAUUGCAAUAAUCCGGGAAACAAAUUACUUCCAUUGCAACGUUGCAAUGAUGGCGCUGAUAAAUGCUAUUCGAUGCAAACACCUUUCGGCAUAGUGGUCCGCGGCUGUUUCAAUCGUCUAGUAAAUCACACAACGUACGUAUGUUCCUGCAACCUCUGCAACUCAAUACCGAUGCACGACUUACCGCACAUCUUUACUAACAAGACCGAAUGGAAGAAUAACAUUCUAGAGAUAAGUCAUGGGAGAAGAUUAAGAAAUUCCGUGUAUAACCAGAUGGCUUGCAUACAAUGUGAAGUUAAUCAAACGGUUCAUGAGAUACCAGAUAUUAACUGUCUCGAAGGGAAAUAUCGGGUUCUGCCAAGCCAGUACUGCAACGUCGAUGAGAUAUGUGGCAUACGGUCAAUCAAGAGGGAAGGCUACAUUUGGCGCGGGUGUAUCAAAUACCCUCAUUACAAUUACUUGUGGAGUUUCUGCGAAAAUGAUUUAUGUAAUUUCGAUCCGCCAACGUCACUUUUUGAUAUCGAGUGA